AUGAGCCUAGUUUCUUCGAUCACUAGCAAAGCAGCAUCAAGUGCUGUAUCUGCGGCUUUGGCUGCUAAUUCUACGGGAAGUACAAUGCGUGGUAGUUUCUACCUACCACCAUUCGAUCCUGAUGUACGCUCUCAUGACAUCCGUGAUUGGUGUGCAAAUGUUGACGAGACGAUUGCGGCUUUCCAUAUACCACCGCAAGAAGCAAGGAUGAAGGCUAUCCUUCAAAUAAAAGGUAGGGCCAAGAUUUGGGCAGACACGUGGUCGCUUCAAUCAACCACGUGGCAGCAAGUCAAAGAAGACCUCAUUCGAACUUUCGGCAAGGAGUUUCGAUAUGCUGACGACGUACAAAAAUGGCGCGGCUACACCUCCGAGCAAGCUAAAUUACGCGGAAUACACUACGACAGGCUGGACGCUGUUCAAACGUGUAAGACCAGAAGCUACGGACCCUGA